AUGGUUGGACCGAAUCUCUAUAACACGAUUCGUGGGUCGAUUCCCUGGCCUGUCGCCGCGCCACGUCACAAAAAAACGAACGGCCGUCGGAUCGGCGAUCGAACGGCGACGGGAAUCCCCCGCCUCCUCCCGCGCGCACACCUGCCCUCCCAUCCCCUCCUUCCUCACCGCGCCGCGCCGCGCCUCCCCUCCCUUCCAUCCGCGCCGCGCCGUGCCUCCCCUAACCCUAACCCUAGCUCCUCCACCGCCGCCGCCGCCGCCUCCUCCUCUGCGGCCUCCGUCCCGCCCGCCCUCCUCUUGGGCUCCGCGGCCUUGCCCGUGGGCUCGCCGUGCCGUGCCGCUCCACCCUCCCAUUGGGCUCCGCGCGCCGUCGUCCAUAACCUACGCGCCGGGACUCCGAGCCGGGGCACCGCCACUGCUCCCGUCUGCGGGAGGCUCCGAGCCACGGCGCCGCCGCCGCUCCUGUUCGUUGACCCGGCGCCGCCGCUCCCAUCUGAGGGAGGGAAGGGCCGCCCAGGGCGCUGCCUCCGCUCCCGCCCGUGGGAGGGAGGGGCCGACCCGGCGCGCCGCCGCCGCUCGCUGCUCGGUGUCCGGGCCUCACCACAAGCGGGGCGGCGCAUGCGCGGUGGCCCUCCCUGGAUGGGGCAGCUCGCGUCACAGCCGGAAGGCAGAUUCGACAGAUCCGGUGAGUGCAGGCUGGACCUAAGCCUGCAACAGAGGAGAACGGCGAUGAGCUGGGCGGCGUUCUUCCUCCUUUGCUCCACUUAUCGGCGCCACUCCAUCGUCAGCUCCUUCGGAUUCAGAUUGAGCAGUCCUGCCUCGAUCUUGGUUCACAGUCCUCCACUCCCGUGGAUCCAAGACCUGUACAUUGCCCAGCCCAAGGUCAAUUUGUUAAGGAUGCAAGUGCCGUUUGUAUUUUCCUACCUCUUAGAGAAAAAAGUUGCUGCUGCUGGAUCGGAAUGCUUAGUACUUGAGGACAGCUUGAGAAAGAUGGAUAGCAUGCCUAACAAAAUUCCUAGAAUUAUCAGAUGGGAACUUGGGUCCUCCUGGCUGCAGCACUUGCAGAAAAAGGAUUCUCCAACGUUUGAUAAUGGUAAAGGGGACAAAAUAAAGGCUGACAAAGAACCAGCUGUCAAAGGUCUUGGAAAGCAUUGAACAAUUAAGGAAAAUAAAAAAGAAAGAAU